UUUAUUUAAUUUUUCAAAUAUAUAGAUAUUUUUCUGUUUUUCCUGCCAUUUCCAAAUAAGUAGCUGUAAACCAAAGGCUAUUUUAAACUGUCCAAUGACGAGCCUGUGUACAAUCACUAGUUGAUUUGUAAUCAGUGCCAUAAAAAGAGGUGAAACAAUCGUUCUGUCAAUGAUUGCACGGCGCCAGGAGGCUGCAGGUGGGUUCUUGGUUUCAUUCUGCUUCUGGUCCGGCUGGGGGAAGACGCUCGAGAGGACAUCAGCAUCAGGAGCGGCAGGUGACCCCGGUGACCCAGAGAGAGGCCGCUAUGACCCGUGGGGAACGCGCCACCCGGCUUUGACGUCUGCUUGAGGAGGAGGAGGAGGAGGAAGAGUUCCCUGCUCACCUGCGGGUCUGCGGGGGCUAUGACCCCCCUGGCUCACACCGCCGGCGCCCAGCUGGGCGCCCUGGCGAUGAGCUGCGUGGGCUGGACGCUCGGCGCCGUGGCGAUGGGCCUCGUCCAGUGGCGGGUCUGGCUGGUUUCUGGCAGCGAGGCCGUCCGGUCCGGGCGGGCCUGGGUGGGCCUGUGGCGCGCCUGCUUCGACAGCCACACCCAGGCGACCCCCGGCUCCGGGGUCAUGCACUGCGCCUACAUGGGCCUGACGGAGGCCUUCACGCCGCCCGAGGUGGCGGCGGGUCAGGUGCUCAUGCUCCUGUCCCUGGUGACGGGGCUGGCGGGGAACGCCGGCGCCGUGUUCUCCGUGAGGAACCUUCACUUCGGGACGGAGAAGAGCGCCAGCGUGCGCGCGGCCUUCGCCGCCACCGGCGCCCUGUGCUUGUCGGCUGCAGCCAUGGCGCUCGCGCCGCUCCUGUGGAACCUGAGCUCAGUGGUGACCAAUCAGACCAUCCGGUUCCCCCCAGAGUUCAAAAUGCCCCCAGCUCCGGACUCUCAGCACGCGGGGAACGCCAUCUGGGUCGGGAUGGUGGCGGCGGUUCUCAUGGGGGUCUCUGGGGUCACCUUCUGCGCGUACAGGACCCCGGUGGACAGGCGGGGGGGCGGGGCCAGAGACAACCUGGCGUUGGAGUCCCACCAACACCUGUGAUGCUCAUGGAUCAGAGUAAAUAAAGGUUGUUUGUGAUCCAACGUGCUCUUUGAUUCUUCUCGGAGGAUCCACGUAGGACCAAAUACCACCUCUGCGUUUAGGAAUGAAAGGUCUGUAAAUGUAAAAAUAUCCUUAAACUACUGAGAACCUCUACAAGAGGUUUGGUUUAAUGAACUGAAACCGUUUCAAUAAAAACAAGAGGGGAGAAAGAAAAUAGCACCGGAAUUUUCU